AUGAUAAACGCUGAUAUUCAAACAGUUGAAUACUCUUUCAUCAAAAUUCCUUAUGAGAGUGCUGUGAGAUCAUUUAAAUAAUAGAGAAAAUCCAUAGAGAAAGAAAUAAGUUCCAUACUUAACUCAAUUAUUUAACUCAAAAAGUAAGAAAAUUUCGAUAAGGGCUAGGUCGAAAUAUAAAUAGAAUCUUUGAUUUUAAGGCUAAAAGAGUUAAAGAAACAAUUGAGUAAUGAUCAAAAGGAGAACAAUAAAAUUUAUGACAGCUGCACUAAAAGAAUUGAACACCUUAAGUCAAUAACUCCAAAUGUAAAAGAAAGUUAACUGGAUUAUCACAAUUUAAGGACUAAGAGAUUGAUAGUCGAAGAACUUACAAGAAACGGGAAUGUCCAAGUGGCCAAAAAACUUUGCAGUUCUUACCAAAUUGAGGAUUAUUGCUAAAUGGAGAUAAAUUUGAUAGAUCUAUAAAACUAGAUCAUAAAAGAUUUAACUGGUUAGCAAACUCAGUCUGCUAUGGAGUGGUGUAAAGAGAAUUCAUCUAAAUUGUAAAAGCUGAAAAAUGAUUUUGAGUUUAAGUUGAUUUAACAGAGAUUUAUAUAGCUUUUAAAGUAAAAAAAGAAUAUAGAAGCAAUAUAAUAUUUGAGAAAGUACUCAGAAAAGUACGCAAAAACACAAUAAGGAGAAAUCAAUAAAAUAUGUAUGUGCAUAACUUAUGAGAAAAAAUAAGAUAUGGACGAAAAAUACAAAAAGUACUUUGAUGAUAAAAGGUGGGAUGAUUUGGUUUUAUAAUUCAAAAAUCUGUGCUUUGAUAUAUAUGGUAUUCCAUCCAAUUCAUAGUUUUCAACAACUCUUAGAGCAGGUAUCUCAUGUCUAAAGACUCUUAAUUGCACUAAUAAAAAAUAUUAAUAUCCCUAUAAAUGUCCAGUAUGCAGUCCAUAUAUUAACGAGAUGGUAGGAAAUAUUCCAUUCACUCACAAAGUAACUUCUUCCUUAAUUUGCAGAAUAACUGGAGAUGUGAUGGAUGAACAUAACCCUCCUUACAUAACGAAAGACAACGAAGUUUUUAGUGAAAGAGGAAUAGAAAAAAUGAAAUAAGAUAAGCAGAAAAUUUGCCCAAUUACAAAAAAAGAAAUAAACUGGGAUGAUUGUAAGAAAAUAUUUUUAUCUUGA